AUAAGGGCAAAGGAGAAAAAAAAAAAACCGAGGGAGGUUCUUCAAUGGAGGACGAUGAAGCGAAGCAGCGAAGAAAACUUGAAGAAGAAGAAGAAGAUUUUGAUGAACGAAGAGAACAAAUAGAAAACGAUUUUCCCUCACAUCAUCCUCCUCCUCCGCCUGAUGAGUUCUUUGACAUUUCGACUACAGUUGAUCCUAGCUAUGUUAUUUCACUGAUAAGGAAACUCCUUCCUGUUGAUUCGGGUACUGACGAACGACAUAAUCAUCAUAUGAAUGCGGAUAAUGUGGUUCACGGUGUAGUAGCUGUAUCUAGAAACACUUCCAAUGGUGAUCCAGAGAGCAUGGACAUUGAAGAUAAUCAUAAUGAAUCCACUUCCGAGGUGAGGGGCACGGUCAGUUCAUGUCGGGAGCCGGGAAUGCUAGGCGGGUCAUCAGUGGAAGAAGCAUGGGAAGAUCAUGGUUGUGUUUUGUGGGAUCUUGCCGCUAGUAGAACUCAUGCUGAGCUAAUGGUACAGAACCUAAUUUUAGAAGUGCUUCACGCAAACCUUAUGGUUUCAACAUCUCCCCGCAUUCGAGAAAUUUGUCUCGGGAUUAUUGGGAACCUUGCUUGCCAUGAAGGUCUGUUGAAACAUAUAGAGUCUACAGCUGGACUCGUAAAUAUACUCGUGGGGCAGUUGUUUCAUGAUGAUACCCAAUGCCUAAGUGAAGUUUGCAGGAUAUUCACUACAGGACUCUAUGGGGCUGGGUGCACUUUUUGGGCUGAUUGUUUGCAGUCUGAUGAUAUACUUCGCCGUAUUUUGUGGAUUGCGGAAAAUACCUUGAAUCCUCAUCUUAUUGAAAAGAGUGUAGGGCUAUUGUUAGGCAUCAUAGAAGGUCAACCAGAGAUUGGGCAGCUGUUGAUCCCCCCUCUAAUGAAUCUGGGUUUAACGGGUCUCUUGAUCAAUCUUCUUUCCGUUGAAAUGAGCAAGUUGACUAAAGAGAGAAUUCCAGAAAGGUACCCCGUCCUUGAAAUUAUUCUCCGAGCUAUUGAAGCCCUUUCUGCUUCAGAUAGCCAUUCUAAAGAGAUUUGCUCUGGCAAAGAACUUUUUCAACUAGUCUGUGAUCUUUUGAAACUUCAGGACAAAACCGAGGUGGCAACAUCUUGUGUUACUGCUGGAGUUUUAAUCGCAAAUAUGCUGUCGGAAACAGUCGAUUUCAUUCCAGAAGUAUCGCAAGAUUUUUCUUUCUUGGAAGGUUUAUUCAGUACUUUACCAUUUGCUUCGGAUGAUGUAGAAGCAAGAAGAGCUUUUUGGAAUGUUAUUGCGAGAUUACUUGCCAGAGUUAAUGAAUCCGAGAUAAACACAUUAUGUCUGAGUCAGUACAUAUUGGUUUUGUUAAGCAAAGCAGAUAUUAUAGAAGAUGAUCUUCUUGAUACCCAACUAGAAGAUUCAAACGAGGAGUCCCAAAACUCAUUCCCUUCCCAGAUAAAGUCAAGCGCGCGAACAAUUGCUAUACGGAAGAUUGAAUCGAUAUUGAACAAUUGGAAUGUUCGCAAGGAGGAUUUCCAGGAGGAAACAGUGAACGGGAAUUGCUCUAUAAACCUAGCUGAUGUUAAAAGGCUAUCCGAUUGCUGUCACAGAUAUAUCAAAUCAAUUGAAGGAUCUUAAUUCAUGGGGAAUCUAUCUCUUGAAAGUAUACACUCUUCUCUACUUUCAAGGCAUAACACAUUGACACAUGAAGUCACAAGCUUCAAGAAAUCACGGUCCCAGUGGACUUUUGAACAUGUUCAGGUUAGAACUUACUUGUCUCUCUCUCUCUCUUAGGGCACAAUCUGAUAAAUUGUACACAAGAAGAAUAGAUGUGCAACAGAAAAAAUAACUCCUCAAAUAUUCAGAAAUAGAAGUUUUACCGAGUAUCUUUCGACAUAAA